AUGGGUGAUAAACCUUCGUCUCGCACGUCGGCAACAUCGGCUAAGGCGUUUUCUGAGGAUGAGAAUCUCCAGGAAAUAUCGAACGUGUCCAUCGAUGAAAAGAUCGAUGAAUCACCCCUAUCAGAGCCAAAGUCUCCCGUAACUGGGAAUUCUAAAUCUAAACAGGGUCGACGGCUGCCAUACUCAGAUCCCAAUACAAAAGUCGCGAGAUCAGACUUGGUUGCUGAAGUGAAGAUCUUAGAAAAAGAGUUGCGGCAACGAUUAGAGCUGUUAGAUUCAGCAGAGAAAAACACUAACUCGGAUGAAGUUAACCUACCACCCGAGGACAAAGGCAGAGGAAAUAGUCAUAGUCGGGCAGAUGAAAAAUCAAAAGUUAUCGACAAGAAGACGCGGAAGCACAUACGGCGAGCACGCUUCGUUCAAAAAUAUGCUAAUAGAGUUGAGGAGGAAAGUAGAGCUGAAACACAAAGUAAGGAAGAGAAACUACUGGCUAUUAACAGUAGAAAAGGGGAGGCCAUGAUGACGGACUCGGAAUUAGAUGCACGGAAACCCGGUCAAGCUUCUAGUGAGCUCCUCAACCGCGAUUUAAAAGUUGUCGAACAGUAUUAUUCGCCGAAUUCAGGGUUUGAAACGAACCAUUACUUUGCGGGAGUAGAUAGGGGAGCGACAUCUGUCCUAAUACCAACAUCUCUCCGACCGACGUACUCUCGCAAACUUGGACCGCCUAGCCAGUGGGAUACUUCAGAUAGCGACGAAUGGAGUACUGAUACGUCUACAAAGUCUCGGGACUUUGAUCACUUCCGGGCCAGGCUGCGCGCUGAGUUUGAGUGCGAGCUUUACCGCCUUACUGCUCAGAGAGAGCGAUAUCAGAAACACAAGGAGAAAAGAGCCAGAAAAGGGCAAGAAGUAGAGGAAGAUUCUACUUCUGUAGCCUCUGAAAAGUUUGCGUUGCCACAAUUAAACUUUUUGGAAUGGGCAGACUUCAGAGGAGCGCGGGACACGUUACCAGAAGUGUCUCCUGUUAUAGAUAUCCUCGUCGGGGACCCAGAAGUCUCAAUUAAUUACUCCAUUAAUUUCUACAAUAGACGGAAACAAGGAAGGCAAAUAGGGGUAUCGGCUACAAAGUUGGAAAGUGUAACAGGCGAAGAGCCGCUUCCAGACCGAAUCAGGAUACACUCGAGACCCCUCAUGAAGAUUCUUUCUCUCGUCAGAGGUUUAGAUCUAGGUGGUGACCGCUAUAUAUCCUCCGUCAUGCUGCGACCCUUUAAGAUGCUAUGUCAUUAUGAAGAGGACCUCCGACGGCGACAUGAUGAGCUAAAAAACAGAUUAACGUCUGGAAUCAAUCUGGCAUCUGAAGUAACACCUACGGCCCAAGGUACAGAAGAGAGCAAUGACUUAAGACUCCAAUUUGAAUCUAAGCCGGGGGAUCUGAAGACAAAAGGACAGGACAUCGAGGAAGAACCUGGAGUGGUAGAGGAUCCAAAAGGCUACAGCUCUUCCGAGAUAGGACUACAGCACCUCGGAUGUCUUCUAGAAUUCAUAGACACUCAUAUUUCUGCGAAAUAUGCAUAUCUUAAAAGCAUAAACUGCGACAAAGUAGCUUUUUCGGACCUUUGGCAUCUGUAUCGACCUGGAGAAUUCGUUAUCUCGGCUGAUGGCAAACAAGUUUACCAAGUUGCCGGCGUCACUUCAGCACCCCAUGAUGGCGUUCAGCGUUGGAAAGCUCCCAAUAAUAAGCAUGACUCAAACUCAGAUGAGGAAGAGGAAGAGGAAGAUCCGCUUAGUAUUCACUGUGUGUAUAUACACUUUGAUGGUUCAUGGCUUGGUCCUGUCGUGAAGUCUGUCGACGUUGAUCGAUUCGAAGGUGAAAGGUCUGUUGUUUCUUUCGAUGUUUACCCUCUUCGCUUUCAUAUUAUGAAAGAUAUAUCCAUAAGAGCGGGAGCUAUGGAGUCCAAGGUCGACGGCAAUAGCCUGACGGCCUUGGAGGACGAAGUAGAUAGGAGAGUAAAGGAUCUUCGAAACAGUUUCAUCCAACGGGGGAAAAGGUUUGUAGAUGUCGUUGGCAUUAAACACAUGUACUACUCGGGAUUCACUGUUGACACCCGGGACGAGGUUGAAAGUCAGGUUGUCAUCGACUUCCAGGAAGCAUUCGCUCAAGAGAAUUUGAGGCACUGGCGCCCUAAGAUCUCAACUCUUAUAGGCCUUAACGUAGACGAAAACCUCGGGCUAGGAGAGAAGAAAAGGAGAAGGCAAAAGAGGAAACCAAAGAUGGUUGGUUGUUGGACAUGUUGUGCUGGAGAGCAUGUGAUAGAUGAUACACAUGUGGAAAAUGACCGUCAUCUUAACUUUGUCAGCGACACACUGGCUUUUAGGGAAGAUAAUCCACAAAAACUACCAUCGACUAUCGUCUAUCCGAGGUCCUUAGAAGACGUUAAGGCUGACAGUAAUGGCUUCACUGACGACGAGUUAUUGAUCAUGUCCCACUGCGUUUUUGGGUUCGUUCUGCGUGAUCGCACCUGGGCCCAACUAGAUCUGGAAUAUCUCACCGAGGUCACUUCCGCAGGCAAUGACCGCGCAACUAGUGACAAUUCGAACGAAGAUGACGAAAGCGCAUUUAACCGACUUGUACUUGACCAAAAGAUCAAGGACAUGGUUCUUUAUUUGAUUGCACAGCACUUCCGAAACAAGGAAUCCCAACAAAACGCAGACGAGCAGCUUGACAUCGUCCGCGGCAAAGGAAAGGGCCUAAUUAUACUCCUUCAUGGUGCACCGGGCGUGGGGAAAACAACAACAGCCGAGGGAGUUGCUGAGAAAUUCAAUAAGCCCCUAUUUCAAAUAACAUGUGGGGACCUAGGAUCUACCGCAAAGGAGGUCGAAGAUGCAUUAUCAACCAACUUCUCUUUGGCUAAUCGUUGGGGUUGUAUUCUUCUCCUUGACGAGGCUGAUGUUUUCCUUGCAUCGAGAAGAAGAGAGGACUUCACGAGGAACGGAUUGGUUGCCGUAUUUCUACGUGUACUAGAAUAUUAUGCCGGAAUCUUGUUCCUGACUACGAACCGAAUUGGUGAUUUCGAUGAAGCGUUUGCUUCUCGAAUCCACAUGAGUCUUUAUUAUCCACCCCUGGAUGAAAUUGCCACCAACCGGAUCUUCAAGCUUAACUUCGACUUGAUUCGGGAUAGGUACAAGAAAAAUGGGCGACCUAUUGAAAUUGAUGAUUCUGGCAUCUAUAGCUUCGUCACCAAGUUCUGGGUGGAGAACGAGCAGGCUCGGUGGAAUGGGCGACAGAUCCGGAAUGCCUGCCAGACAGCCUUGGCUCUAGCCGAAUUUGAGGCCUUACCAAACGAUAAGAGAUUCGACCUCAAGUUCAAAUCAAAGGCUAAAGUGUACCUUAAACGCUCAAAUAUUGAAACCGUCUCGGAUGCCUACCUUGAGUUCAUCAAGUAUCUCAAAGCCGUCCAUGGCACCGAUCAAGAAACUCACGCCAAGGAGUUGGGCAUCCGAGCUAUCGAGCAAGUGUUUGAAUCUAUGAUGAACGAGAGGGUUUCGAGAGGGGGCAAUUCGGCAUCCCAAGAAAGAACACAGAACCAGAAUCCUCUUAGGUCCUUCAGAAUUCCAGACAGAUCACCCCCGGCCACACAGACAUAUCCAUCUUUUGAUCACCAUAGGGGAGCUCCCUACAACACGCCUGGGCCUACAUAUAGGAACCCAAGCCCUUCGUCAGGAACGGGGUAUUCGAACCACGGAUACCAGCCAGACAACCCCUUUCUUCAAGCACCGCAUGCGUCUUCUGGGUAUGGGGCCACCCAGCAAUAUCCCAGACAUACGCAGCCAGUGUCGCCAGAAGGGCCGUCCCCCUACCCGCCUGGAUCUUCUGGGCAGCAAUACUACCCUCAGGGCCAAGGGCUUAGCAUAGCUAACGACCCUCGCUUUGCUCAGCCAGUACCAGGCCAGGGAACCGGACAACAGCACCACGUUUGGCGUUCGGAAACACAUCCAGUCGCUGGGCAAGCGAUGGCAGCAACUACAGGUGUAAACCUGACAUCGAUACCGGUCUCCUACGGCAAUGAGGAUUCUAACACUCAGUAG